GAAGGGCUUUUAUUGACUCACUAUUUCAUUUUUAUAGUCACAGGGUUUGGUUCUCUUCGCAGGACACUGCUGAUGUCUGUGUUUUCUCUGUUUUUGAAAGACUCUGGUUUUUGGACCAUUAGUGCUGAAAUUCCACGAACUUUAUAUUCCUCAGUUCAGAUUAUGACGGAUUUAUAGCAUAAUACUACAUUGUAUCUGCAGAGAAAUCAUCUAGACUUUUAGAUAUUACUUGUCUUUUCCAUGUAAGAGAAUCCAAGUUUUCCCAUCAAGAAGGUAUUGUUUAAGCUCUAAAUACAGCUCUCAGGUCUUUUUCUCUAAAAGCAACCAUUCAAUGCAAGCAUCUCAGCAACAAAUAAGAAGUUCAAGGAUGUCAAAUAAAUUGUUCUAUCGUCCGAUUAAAGAAGAAGAAUAUUGCCUGCCUCAGUACCAAACUUUGGAUCAUAAACUGUGCUACAAUGACAGCAGCCAAAGCACCCACUUCUUUCCUCAGAUUUCCCGGGAUUUGUACUGCACUUUGGAGUCAUCCUCAGCAAAUGGAAGCUAUAAUAUUUACAAUUCUCCAUCAACUGUCAGUUUCUCACCCAAUGGAAGUCCAAUGUCACAGCAAGAUUCUCAUUCGUAUCCACCUGAUCAGCUUCAGUCUCCGGAAAAUACCUAUGGCUCUCCGAUAAGUGGCUCCUGCAUAACCGAUGAUAUGAGCGAUUUCAAGUACAAGCUGAAAGAACUAGAAAGUGUAAUGCUGGGUAAUGAUUUUAAUAUCAUUGACAACUAUGACAAUGUUUUUCACAAUGGAACAGGCAAUAUCUUGCAGCAGGAGAUUGAUGACUGGGGACAAAUUGUGCAGUCAAUCUCUAAAAGGGACUUAAAACAGGUUCUCAUAUCCUGUGCUAAAGCUGUAUCUGAUCAUGAUAUUUCACUGUCGAGAGUGUUGAUGAACGAAUUGCGUCGGAUGGUUUCGGUUUCUGGCGAACCAAUUCAAAGACUGGGAGCAUACAUGUUGGAAGGACUUGUUGCUAGACUUUCCUCAUCAGGUAGUAAUAUCUACAAAGCAUUGAGAUGCAAAGAACCUGCCAGUUCUGAAUUGCUCUCUUAUAUGCACAUUCUCUAUGAGCUUUGCCCCUAUUUCAAGUUUGGAUACAUGUCGGCGAAUGGGGCUAUUGCAGAAGCCAUGAAGGAUGAAAACAGAGUUCACAUCAUUGAUUUCCAAAUUGCUCAGGGGAGCCAAUGGAUCACUCUAAUCCAGGCUUUUGCAGCUAGGCCUGGUGGACCACCCCACAUACGCAUAACAGGUAUUGAUGAUUCAGUGUCAGCUUAUGCUCGCGGAGGAGGACUAAAUAUCGUGGGAAAGAAGCUAUCUGCACUAGCAGAGUCGUUCGGGGUGCCAUUCGAGUUCCAUGCUGCAGCCAUGUCUGGUUGUGAUGUUCAGCUUAAGAAUCUUGGUGUUCGACCUGGGGAAGCUUUGGCUGUAAACUUCGCUUUCACACUUCACCAUAUGCCUGAUGAGAGUGUUAGCACUCAAAAUCAUCGGGAUAGAUUGUUGAGGCUGGUUAAGAGCCUGAGUCCAAAAGUGGUGACACUUGUCGAGCAAGAAUCAAAUACGAAUACCGCUGCAUUCUUUCCCAGGUUCCUCGAAACACUAGACUAUUACAUGGCUAUGUUCGAGUCAAUUGAUGUAGCUCUACCACGGAUUCUUAAGGAAAGGAUCAAUGUUGAGCAGCAUUGCUUGGCUAGGGAGGUGGUUAAUAUAAUAGCUUGUGAAGGCAUUGAAAGGGUGGAGCGACAUGAACUUCUUGGGAAAUGGAGGCUGCGCUUCAGAAUGGCCGGUUUUACUCCAUAUCCCUUAAGCUCCUUGGUGAAUGCAACAAUCAAGACACUGCUAGUUAACUAUUGUAGCAAAUAUAGGCUUGAAGAAAGAGAUGGUGCUCUCUAUCUUGGCUGGAUGAACAGAGAUUUGGUUGCUGCUUGUGCAUGGAAGUAGAAACCAUGGAAGCUGCUGAUGUAUGCAUUCCCUAGGAAGUAGGAAAACAAGCUUCGGUUGAGCAUGUAGUUCGUUUCUUUUUUGCAGUUUUCGGUUUGUUUUUUUUUUUUUUGUUUUUUGUUUUUUGUUUUUUUUUUUUUUUGUUUGUUUGUUUGUUUAUUUUACGCUCUGUUUUUACCUUGCUCGCUGCUAAGUAAAGAAAAGCUGUGUACUCUUCACAAAUCAAAGUUAGUCAUUUCGUUUGAAAUCA